CUCUUAUGCCUGAAAACUAUAUAACGGGGCCCUCCCCGCAAUGCCUCGAGUCUCACAAGUCUUGAUACACCAUCGUCAUCUCCCUGAUGACUUCUACAAUACAUCCCUCUUGGCACUCCCAAUGGGUUACCCGUAAUCCCACUAUCUUGCCUCAAGCUGUUCACAAUGCUCGCUACGCAGGGUGGCCCCAUCCCCCAGUGCAGCUUCCCCAUGUUACAUCACCUGCACGGCAUAUUACUGUAGCAAACAAUAUCCCUUCGCGUCGUUCGCAGAUAAACGCUGCCCAUACCCAGUCUUCAAGUUAUCCCGCUCAUCUCCAAUAUGAACGUCACUCACGCAUGAAUUUGGGGGUACAAGCAUCUGCAAAUAUAAUAAGUCCUGUCGACUGCAACAUCCCCGAUUCGCGGCCAAUAUAUGAUCAUUCUGUUCCACGAACAGUGUCAUCAAACGUUAACGAAACCCAAAAUGCCUAUCCCCACCCAUUUCUCUCGAUGUCAUUCGUGCCAAUAAUGUACGACCUGCGCUUCCCGCCUACAUCCCUCGCCUUUCCAUUGGCAUCUUUAUAUGCAGGCUGCGGGUACGAGCUACUCUUCGUCCCACUUACCCCAGAACGGCCUAGACAGAUACGGCUUAUCAGCCCAGACUUUCCCUGGACAUUUGACAUCGGUCCUGACCCUAGUGCCGGGGAAGAAGGCGUGACGUGUCUUGAUGUUCUCGCUACCCUCCAUGCUGCAUUGCAGCGCCCACUCACAGACACGGAGUGGGGCACCGCUGGACAUGAUAGGCGCGCGAGUCUUAUCAGAGCACGUGAUCGUCGCCCGAUGAUACAACCUGC